AUGGCUGCGGCCACAGCGCGAGCCCACGAGGCCGACGCCAACCCGGCCACUGAAGUCUCGCUGGGCCAGAAGAUGCUGUCUGCUGUCUCCGGCAGUCUGCUCACUUCGUUGCUAGUAACACCCCUCGAUGUCGUCCGCGUGCGAUUACAAUCACAAGAGGCCGCCCCAAGCGCUGCCUUCUCACGACCCAGCGGAGCCACUGGCCCAUCACUAACACAGUUUCGCGAUCUACCUCCCAACCUCGGCAUAUCGGCAUGUUGUCGAGAAGUCUUUUGGGUCAACAACAAAGCACCCUUCUGUGUAGCCGGACCUACAAUGGCACCCAUCAACCCCGCUGAUUUACACUGCGCCGUAGAAGAGGUGGAACGGAGAACCAUCAACAGCACAUGGGACGGCCUGCGCAAGAUUGCGCAGAACGAGGGGCCCCGCACACUCUGGCGGGGACUGUCUCCGACUCUGGUCAUGACUGUUCCAGCAAACGUCAUCUACUUUGCCGGAUACGAUUGGCUACGCACAGCCAGUGCAUCACCAUUGCGCCAGAACAUAGCCGAUCCCUAUAUACCCCUCGUCGCUGGAGCCACUGCCCGCGUCCUGGCCGCCAUCGCCGUCAGUCCCAUUGAAAUGUUUCGAACAAGAAUGCAGGCCGCAAACCAUCCGGCAACCGCUGCUGGACACUUCCGUGAGACAUUGGACGGCCUCAGGAACAUGGUCGCCAGCCAAGGUGUCUUCAGCCUCUGGAGAGGACUCACUUUGACCCUUUGGCGCGACGUGCCCUUUUCUGCCAUUUAUUGGUGGGGCUAUGAGACUACAAGGAAUACUUUAACAGACCAAAGAGGAAGGAGAGCUGCAAGAGACGACGGGUUCGAGUUCCGCAUGGGCCGAGGCGAAGAAAGAGUACGAAGAAGAAGCCGAUCAAGAAGCCAGGAAAAUCACCGCGAUACCCUGGUGGAUAGCUUUGUCGCAGGUGCUACCUCAGGAGCAGUUGCCGCCUUUGUCACAACGCCCUUUGACGUUGGAAAGACACGGCAGCAAGUCGUGCGCCAUAUGGGAGACAGCGUGCGCGAUGCCGCCAGAGCACGCCCAGAGGACAAGUCAAUACCACGCUUCCUGAUGCACAUCUAUCGCGAACAAGGCAUGCCUGGCCUGUUCAAGGGCUGGGCUGCUCGUUGUCUGAAAAUCGCCCCGGCCUGUGCCAUCAUGAUCAGUUGCUACGAGUUCAGCAAGAAGAUCGCCCUCGACAUGAAUGAACGACGAGAACAAGAAUCCCGACAUGCUUGA